GGGGAGGGGGGGGGGAGGCCCAGCUCUGUUUCCAUGGCAACACUCGCUGCCCGGUAUUGGGGUGAGGAUGUUCAACACUGCUCCGCAACACUUAGUAUGAAAAAGCAAAUGAACGAGCAGGUCACAAACUACUACACGAAUACCAGCUCUUCCAAUCUGUUGCAAAAAUGCAAAGGAAGCAGGUGACCUGGUUUGCCAAUUCGGAGAUCUUCAAGGACAUCCCACUCUCAUUGCAUGAGGCCGCCUUCAGAGGAGAUGUGGAUACAUUGAAACAUUUAAUUGAUGAUUGUGGGCUGAUCUCAAACAUUGACAGACACUUGAUCUGGUCUGGAGGAUCCAUUCCUUGCGCACCACUACUGUUAGCUGUAAUAGGGGGACAUGUGGACUGUAUCAAGUUUCUCAUUCACAAAGGUGCAAAUGUAAACUGUGUGGAUGACAGGGGACAGUCGCCUCUUUACAUUGCCGCAGUGAAUAGAAACUUAAACUGCAUACAAAUUCUGUUACAGGCUGCUGCCAAACCCAAUGGGAGUGCUCACAAUAGGUGCACUCCUUUGUUUUUUGCUACCCGGGAUGGGGAAGUGGACAUCAUGAGAGAGCUGAUCAACCAUGGAGCAGAUAUAAAUUCUGCAGUUCAUUUGUCUCCAAAGUUGUACCCAAAUACCUUGAUCAAUACCCCACUGUAUAUUAGUGUUUCAUACAACAAACUAGAUUGUUUCAAACUGCUUCUCCAGAGUGGUGCAAACCCAAACUUCAACUGCAAGCGACUAGAUGAACGCAACAGAUUGCAGAGUUUCUAUGGAGAGCGUCCUCUACCAAGUUCUGCUACAAGCCUUCUGGAUGCAGUAGUGAAGAUGAAUUGUAGGGAAGAAUUUGCAAAGUUGUUGGUGGAGUUUGGAGCCGAUUUGAGUUUAUUCAGUUGCAACGAAACCCUUGGGAAUAGCCAUUUGAUUUUGAAUAAUCCUUGUGCACUUUACUUCCAAAUGGCUAGAGCAAAUCCAAGGAUACUUCAAAGUGCUUGUCGGCUUCUCAUUCGAAGAUGUCUGGGUGUGACAAGAUUAAACUAUAUCAAUGAUUUACCACUGCCAAAGUUCCUCAAGAAUUACCUCUUCUAUAAACCUGUUUGAUACGCAGUAACUCAAUCAAUGAAAUGUUGGUACACCAACUGUGUGAAAGAAUUAAGUUCUGCAAGAUGUAACUCUAGUUUGAACAGAAACAAAUAAAUUGAUAACCAUAAUUAUUGUAUUUCAAUUUAAAAGCUAUUGAGUGGCUUCCUGAACAGACAAGAUGAUGAUUCAAACAGUGUUUUAUUAAUUUUAAAGAUAUUUGUUUGGAUGAUCAGUCUCAUACUUUUGGAGUCCUGUAGCUCAGUGGUUAGAGCACUCGCUUUGCAAGUGAGAGACCUGAGUUCAAUUCCAGGCAGGGCGAAACCUUGGGCAAGUUUCCUUACUCCACACGGCCUAAUAAUAAUCCCUCCAAAACAAAAACAAUAAUAAAUUGGUCAUUUUCAAUCCCUGACUGUUUGUGGGACAUUGCUGUGCGCAAUUGGCUGCCGCGUUCGCCCACAAAUAUACAGUCAAUUCACUUUACAGUCUAUUCUGUGAAGCGCUUUGGGACGUCCUCCCGACGUGAAAAGCGCUAUAUCAAAUGCAAGGAUUAUUAUUAUUAUUAUUAUUAUAUAGACACUACAGCACAAUUUUGGGUUUGAUCUCUAUUUGCUGUUAAAUUUACCACCAUUGUAAUGUUUGCUUAUCUAGGGAUUAAGUGCAUGUGGCUUAGGUCAGUACAUUUAUUGAUAGGCAGAGAAUAAAAAGCAUUAGCUGCCAAGGAUGGAAUACUUACAAACAAACUGAGACCCAUUUCCCGUGUGCCUGAACCAAGGGUUAGUACGAUUACAUUACUUUCUGUUUAAGAUUAAGAAAUGAUUUUUAUUUGGUCAAUUUUGGUCAGCAGUCAAUUUUGCAGAUGUUCUGAUGGAGAAAGUGAAGCAAAAUUUGAAAGCAGAGGGAACUAAAAAGUGUUGGACUUGUGUGUAAAUAGCAUUGGUUUAGCAAUUGUUCCCCACUUGUUUCAUAGGAAAAUAAAUCAACACAAGCACACGCAAUGUAGUAUUUUAAUUACUUUAUAAAUAUUUUAAUUUAUGACAUUUAUUGUGCUUUGGGGUUUAAUAUUUAAUGGUGAUUGGAAUCACAGAUGUUAGAUGUUUUUUCCUAUGGUCUCAGUGCUUUUCACAUAGAGUAAUUCAUUGCAGUAAUUCUGCAAGUUAGCUAAUUACUAUGCGUACAUAUAUCUUAAGAUUCUAAAGCUGUCGUUAUGGUAUUUCUUACUGUAAUUCCUUAAGAAUCCCGUUAGAAUUCCUGUCAAUCUAUUGCAAAUCCACCUCGAAGCAAUUUAUUUCCAGAGCAGGGUUGCACAGGUCGGAGUGACAUGUUUAUGAUUCAGAUUACUCUAUGGAGAAAUUCUGGUAAAAAAUGCUGCAAAUUAGUCCCUGUUUUUACAUAAUGAUGCACAUUAGUUGCAGCCCCAACCGAGUAACCACUUUGCAAACAUUUUCCUUUUCUGUGGGCAAACAUCUGGUGUGAACAUGAAUAUAAACCAUGAAAUGUCUAGUUUUAGAAUUCCAUUUUGGAAAUAUCGUGAACACAAAGCUUUCCUCCUUAUUCCAUCAAUCUUUAGUUUCAGCUCACUGCACUAAAUCAUGCUUUUAUCUGAGUGACAGCCUGCACUCCAGUCUGAGUAAUCAGCUUCUAUGUCUGGAUUGUUGCCAUCAAUGAAAUGUAUGCAGAAUGUAACUUUUGAAUUAUAAUAUUUGGACUUAUCGUUCAGUGAUUCAAAUAAAGACCUGUUAUAAAUCC